AUGGAACUCCAAACAUUGGUUUUGUGGUUACUUUUCUUUGCAUCUCUCGUUUGGUUCUUACUCUUUGCCACAAAAACAAAAUCCAAAUCCCAAAAAACACCUUCCUCUACCACCAACACCACAAUUCCUAAAUCUUACCCCAUUUUCGGUUCUGCUUUUUCUCUGGCAGCCAAUUUCCACCGACGCGUGCAAUGGAUCUCCGACAUUCUCCAAACCAUCCCUUCCUCCACCUUCGUCCUCCACCGCCCUUUCGGUUCCCGCCAAGUCUUCACGGCUCAACCUGCCGUGGUGCAACACAUUCUCAAAACCAAUUUCCCUUGCUACGGCAAAGGUCUCACGUUUUAUCAAUCCAUCAAUGAUUUACUCGGUGACGGAAUCUUCACCGUCGACGGUGAUGCAUGGAAGUUCCAACGACAUAUCUCCAGCCACGAAUUCAACACUAAAUCCCUUCGGAAAUUCGUUGAAACGGUAGUUGAUGUUGAACUCUCCAAUCGCCUCCUCCCCGUUCUCUUCGAAGCUUCUAUAAACCAAACCACUAUUCUUGAUUUCCAAGAUAUCCUCCAACGUUUCACCUUCGACAACAUCUGCAUGAUCGCGUUUGGAUACGAUCCAGAGUAUCUCCUCCCUUCCCUUCCUGAAAUACCGUUUGCAAAAGCCUUCAACGAGAGCGCGCAACUCAGCAUCGAGAGACUAAACGCGUUGAUUCCAUUACUAUGGAAAGUGAAAAAAUUCCUGAACAUCGGAACGGAGCGACGGCUGAAAGAAGCGGUCGCACAAGUAAGAGGACUCGCCACUCAAAUUGUUAAAGAUAAGAAAAAAGUGCUUGGAGAAAAAUCAGCCUUGGAAUCGGUGGAUCUUUUAUCGCGUUUCUUAAAUUCUGGACAUUCAGAUGAAUCUUUUGUUGUUGAUAUUGUAAUAAACUUUAUUCUUGCUGGGAGAGAUACAACUUCAGCUGCACUCACUUGGUUCUUUUGGUUACUCUCUAAACAUAGUCACGUCGAGAAUGAGAUUCUCAAAGAGAUCACUGCAAAAUCGGAAACAGUUAGUUAUGAUGAGGUGAAGGAUAUGGUUUAUACUCACGCCGCGUUAUGCGAGAGUAUGAGGUUAUACCCUCCGCUUCCGGUGGAUACUAAAUUAGCGGCGCACGACGAUGUUUUGCCCGAUGGGACUGAAAUAAAGAAAGGGUGGAGAGUGACGUAUCAUGUAUAUGCUAUGGGAAGAUCUGAGAAAAUAUGGGGACCGGACUGGGCUGAGUUUCGACCGGAGAGGUGGUUGAGCCGGAAUGAGGUUGGGAAGUGGAGCUUUAUUGGGAUAGAUUAUUAUAGUUAUCCGGUUUUUCAGGCUGGACCGAGAGUGUGUAUAGGGAAGGAUAUGGCAUUCUUGCAGAUGAAGAGGGUGGUUGCCGGGAUAAUGGGGCGGUUUAGGGUGGUUCCGGCGAUGGUUGGAGGGAUUGAGCCGGAGUACAUUGCCAACUUUACAUCAUUAAUGAAAGGUGGCUUUCCAGUAAGGAUUGAAAAGCGAAGCCACUCGUAUGAAUAA